AUGGCGCUGCUCUCUCACCGUGAGACUGUGGUGCGGUCAGAGAACCUUGCGCCAGUGGCAGACUGGCAGGAGGUGGGCAGGGGCGGCUUUGGACGGGUGUACAAAAUCAGGCACAAAGACUGGGGCUUCGAUGUGGCUGUUAAAGUAUUCAAGCGAAAUGCCAGCAACAAAGAGGCUUGCUUCAUGGACCUGGCAUCGAACGAGUUUGUGCUGCGAAUGUAUGGGAUCUAUGAGGGCCCUUCAGGAGAGAGAGGAUUGGUCACAGAGUACAUGAGGAGGGGGUCUAUCGAGUCCCUGCAGAAACGACUGUCUGGACCCCCGCCCUGGCCCCUGGCGUUUCGACUGGUUCACCAGAUUGCACUGGCUGUGAACUUUCUCCACCUCAAGAAUAUUGUGCACCUGGAUCUAAAGCCAAGCAAUGUUCUCCUGGAUGAUACGCUCAAUGCAAAGUUGGCGGACUUUGGCUUGUCCAAAGUGUCUGUGAAUGUUAUGAUGAUGAGGAGUAGUCUGCAGGCUGGACCUCAGGGCACGUUCCCAUACAUGCCACCAGAAGCCUUUGACAUGUCAUAUGAACCAGUGCAAACUUUUGACACGUACAGUUACGGUAUUCUUCUCUGGUCUGUCUUUACUGGAAAAGAACCAUAUGAAGGGGUUAAUUAUACUCUUGUAGAACUUAGAAUACCUGAAGGAGACCGGCCUCCAUGUGGAGACCUCCAGCGCCUUCAAGUAGUGGGAAUAACAGAUAUAGUUGAUCUCAUGAAGAAAUGCUGGGAUAAGGACCCUGCCAAGAGGCCACACUUUAAAGACUGCCUUAAAACAACUGAAAGGCUGUUAUCAAGACACAGUAAUGGCAUUCAGAAGGCAGUCUAUGAAGUCCUGACAAUACUGGACUCAACAAAUCAGCAAGGUGCUGUUAAUGAUAUUAUGGACCAAGGACCAGUCAUCAAACACAAACUGCCUUCUUUGAGUGUUUCUGGUAAAACGGUGACAAGAAAUGAAAAAGCCAAGUUUGUUGACCGUCACAGGCAUGUCCUCAUCCAGAGAGUGUCGAACGCCCUGGCCAUAGCAGAGGAACUCGGAGACAUGGUGCAUAAUGAGACCUACAACAUCAUUCAAGCCAAAGAGACGAGUGAGAACAGACUCCGAGUGCUCUACAGUGCCACAUUACAUUCGGGUGGUAACAAGGUGAAAGCGGCCUUCUACGACGCCCUGAAGAGAUAUGAGCCCGAUCUGAUGGAGGACCUAGAGAGCCAACCAGGCAGUCCAAAAUGAAUUUCCGGAUCAAACUAG